UCUUCAAGCAGCAGCAACUAAACUGCUGUAAGGUACACCCAUAUACAUUACCCAAUCUACUGACUCGUUAGCUUGGCUAGGUACAACAGAACACCACAUCUUUUUCUGUAUGUUGAGGGAAAGCUCUUCAGAGCGUCAUCAAUCAGUGUUUCAGAUAUAGCCGGGCGCAAAUACGCCCGCGUCAUUCAAUCUGUUAAUAGAUUAUGAAACGACUAAAAAAAGGUGAGACCGUCUGUGACAAACUCCUCCGAUUAGUGUGCUAGAGGAAUAGACAUAAUUUACUUGAUAAAACUGUUUGGUUAUGAAGAGGGGCAUCAUAUGAUUAACCACACAACAUUUUUUUUUCUGUUCAAAUCCGCAAGCGUCAAAUCCUAAAAGGAAACGGUUCAUGGAAACAGCGUUGUGUUGUGUCAUUUGAUAUGUGAAUGUAUCGAUAAUUGGGUGCCAUUAAUUGCACUUUUAGUCGUGGACAAUUGUGUUUGUUCUUCUACUGAUUCGACGAAUACGAUAACAACAACCACUACGCCACCAUCAGGACGACGACGACGACGACAGUCACCUCCACGACGCCUAAAAUCAAGGCGACAGGUAAUCGUGACAAUCAGGAGCACUAUCUACAGGCUUACGGUGUUUUAACUUAGGGAACGAGCUUGGGAACUCGUGUAAAAGGAGAACUAAAUAAUGAAUAAAGCUGAUUACCUUGGUGAAGUCUUCGGAAAUUCGAGAACUCGAAAUCCGCUUCAGGUCAUCACUAACAUGUUCAAGCGACGAAAUGCAGAUCCUCUCGAUGACGAGUUCGUAGAUGAGCUGAGUUGCGGCGCGGGCGAAGCAGGAGGAGGGCAAUCGCUCCAAAGGCCCUUGUCAGCUAACCCUUUUACGAGGCAUCACCACGCAAAUCAUUUUCACAAUGGGCACGUUUGUUCGCCCACCCUUAGCUUAGGCACCCGCUUGCGACCUAGUUCACCAUUAAGCAUUCCGGGGGGCUGUGGUCGCUUCCGGCAGGCCACUUCCGCCGAAGACAUCCUCUCGAUCUCGCCAUCGUUACGCAACGCUCGAAGUCUCCAAGAGGACAUGGAGAUGCUACGCCAGAGCCGGCAAGACAACCCCUACAUCCAGCAGCAAAUCGAAAAGUUUUCUGUUCUCUCGGAGGGCCUAUCCAGAUUUGACGGACACUCGCUACAUCCCCAGGACCAACCGAUGUCAGAUUCACCAGCGACGGUUCCCGAAGAUCACCAACAGCUGCUAUUCUCGUCAAGUCCAAAAGACGAGGACAUUUUGUCGUUAACUUCACAAAUGGACAAUCGACACGAAGGGUUACACCAACAUCUGAUUCGAUCUCCGCCCCCGAUGUUUCCACAGGAUGUGGAACAGUUCGUUUUCGAAUUCUCCCGAACGACAUCCCCACAACAUCAUUUGGGAAGUCCAUAUAGUAUGCGAACUCACCGUCAGCCAGCAGAUUCAUUAGGGUAUAACACACCGGAAAGAGGCAGAUUGUUUCGGGCUGAUGGAUUUCAUUCCCGAAAAUCACAAGAAGACUCGGCGCGCAAUACUCUUCUUUCUUCCCAGUGGACAGGCCUGAAUUCUAUGAAUACACAAGCUUUCAGCGCGGUACGGGCAAUGAACUACGAAUCUCAACCGCCAGGACGCGAUUCGUCUAUAGAAUCUACUAGUCACACACCUGUACUAGCACCGCCUCUAAAAGCCUGGAAACGAUGCACGAGUCCGUUGAGUAAGGAACUUGAACCGGAACAGGAAUCACUCCUCGUAAAAUCCUUCGAUUCGGCCUUCUAGUCUAUGGAUCGUAAAGAUCAGCGAAUCGACUAACUAGGAAAACAAACCAGAAAAGACAAAAUGAAGUUCAAAAUUAAGUAAACUUGAACAAGUAGCGUAGUAAAUCACAAUACAACUACACACACACACACACACACACAUAUUUUCAUCCUGUAUAAAAUGGAUACAGGAUGCGGGGUUGAAGUUAUCGCUGCAGAAUGAUGAGGUGCAGUAUACAGCCGUGGACGCAGACCCAGACAGUUUGUCAGGGGAGCACCCAUGCAUAUGAAGAUGAAAUAUUUACAGACGCACACUGUGCAUUGUGGACCCCCUUUACUCAGUGCUCCCGUCCAAUAGGCGCGCUUGUUCUACUACUGGGUAUUCAGCCCGUAUCAGCUGCUGUUUGAAUGACGGAGUUGGGUAGGGGUCAGCGCUAGAGCAGUGUUGCGCGUUGUUCUCAGAUACAAUGAAUGUAUUUAUUUUCCUUAAGCUGAGGUGUUCGUAGCAUUCACCGUCGAACUGAAACGCGUGCAGAGUCCUUUCCACACUGUAAAACCUGAACACUUAAUAUUUAUUUGUAUUAUUUAUUAUUACUACCUGAGCAAGCCAAUAAAGGUGACUAAGGAAGAGACUAGCGUUCAUUAGAAUCGUUACCUCUCCGCCUGUACGAAUAAGAUAAUCGUAAUAAGAAAACGAAAUUCAGAUAUCAUGGAAGGCCAAGAGAACGAAAGAGCGGUUUACAGGCGUUCGAAAUAGUAUAUACCUUUAGGUCAGGGCGAAACCUCGAAAUUUCGCCCACACGCAAUCAAAUUAUGCAAUGCAAUCACGCAAAUACACAUAAACCAAACGGAUUAAGCCAAAGUUGUGACGUAAGUAUAAUAACAGAUGGUCGACGUAUAAUUGACAAAAAAGAAGUUGAAAAACAGAUACAUGAGAAAAAAAUCAUAUACUGAACGCUAUCCUACAAUCUAUUUUAAAUGUUUAGGUUCCGUAUAUUUGGCAUCUUAUGGGAUUAAAUCCAAGGCGAUUGUUGUUAUUGUCAAAUGGUAUUCUAAUAAUCCUGAAAACGAUAAAAGCAAGGAAUGGGUCACUUUGGAACAGGUUUACCUGUACUUUGAUGUCAAGCAUAACUUAUAAAAGCUGACAAAUAAAAUUCAAAAGAUCUAUGAAGUUGAAGAAAAGUAAUAAAAGCAUUUUACUCACCACAUAUUAACUUGCGUCGUUUUUUUCCUGUUGAGUGCAAAUACUCUGUCCAUACUCUGAAUUUAGCAGACAGCCAUAUCAGGAAAUCUACUAACUAAUACUUGACUGUACCCCA